AACGUGUCAGCACAAACUGCAGCCUUCACAGCACAUGGACAAAACCACUGAAUAAACAUUAUCCAGGUGUUUGUAAAUUUGCUUACGUGAGGUGACGAGCUAGGAGUGACGGAGCCGUGUCAGCUGUGGUGACGUUUAUCAGCAUCAUCGCCCCACACUCAGACUGCAGCAUCAGCAUCAGCAGCAGCAGCAUGAUGCGAACGGCCCUGCUAGUUUUGGCUCUCCCAGCAGUCUGCAGUGCUAUCCUCCCUGACAUAGUGGACUCAGGCAUCAGUCAUAUCCUGCUGGAUAAUUCCGCCCACGGACAAACAGAUCAGGACCCCGUGUUUGUGGAAGUGAAGCAAUUGCAAGAGGAUCCGCAGCAAAAGCCCGAGGAUGCGGUUAACCAAAAGAGCAGCGAGCCUGUCACCGUCAGUCCUCAUGCCAAUAACCUCCCUCCAAGUCAUCACAAUGAAACUGCUUCUGAUAAAGUGAUGGAUAAUGACUCUGUCCACACCUCAGUACAUCAGGAGAUGAACAACAUUACUACCACAGCUGUCCAGUCCAGUGACCUAGGAAACGAUAUUGAUUAUGGUUGCAUCACUGACGAGGACUGUGGGAAGGGAAGGUAUUGCUUUUAUGACACACACAACUCCAGGUGUCUGCCUUGCAAAGCAACCGACGUGUCCUGUACUAAGGAUGAGGAGUGCUGUGGUGAGCAGUUGUGUGAAUGGGGUCAGUGCAGUCAAAAUGCAACAAAAGGAGAGGCUGGCACCACUUGUCAAUACCAGGCUGACUGCAGCCCAGACCUCUGCUGCGCUUUUCAUAAAGCCCUGCUCUUCCCUGUCUGCUCGGCCAAGCCCAUUGAGCGUGAGCGCUGCUUUGGAGCCUCCAACCACCUGAUGGAGCUGUUGUCCUGGGACAUUCAGGACGAGGGACCCAAGAAACACUGCCCCUGUGCAGGAGAUCUCCACUGCCAGCACCUGGGGAGAGGGUCCAUGUGCCUUAAAGGAGAAGACUCAAGUGAAGAAGACCUGACAGACACUCUAUACUCAGAGAUAGACUAUGUAAUCUAGAUGUAGCUUGACUUGAUUCGCAUUGCCUUGUAAAGAGUUAGACUGGAGUUGCCACUGACUCCAGAGCUUUGUUGCAAAGAAUCACUUUUGUUUGCGAGCUGAAGCGGUAACUCUUUACCGCGUCUACAAUGAAUGAAAGUACGUUUGUUUUAUUUGCUAUAAAUGAGACUGACAUUUACAGUCCUUCAAAGUUUCUGAAAAUGUAGAUUUAAGAAAUUACUAACAAAAAACAAGAAACACCGUAUUUGCAAAGACCUGUGUGGAUACUAACCACUGAUUCAGUAUGUUUUCAGAUACUUUCAAGUUUUAUAUGUUUUAUGUUUCAGACUCAUCUUAAAAUAGAUUCAUCAGUCUACACAUGAUACUCCACAAUGAUAAAGUGAAAAGUGUUUUCAAGUGUUUUGAAAUUUUUAUCCAGUAAAGUAAAUUAGGCACAGGUUGACUCUGAUCAAGCUGUAGAAGCAUCUCAAUGGCCAUUGAUAGGAGUAGGAUGCACCAGAGCUCAACUGCAAGUGUCAAAACAAAGGGUCUGAAUGCUUAUUUAAAUGGGAUAUUUAUCUUUUAUUUCUAAUAAAUUUACCAAGCAUUCCAAAAACCUGUUUUCACUUUAUCAUUGUGGAGGAUUGUGUGUACACUGAUGAGGAGAAAAUUUCAUUGGAUCAAUUUUAAGAUGAGUCUGAAACAACAAAAUGUGGAAAACUUGUACUUUUCCAUACUGACUGUAUAUUCUCUGUGUAACUAUAACACACUGAAUGCAACUCUAGACACUGAAUAACUCUACAAAUUUAAACAGUGAGGUGAGUAAUCACAUCACCUGUAUCACAUUGUCCUGACACUAUGAUGAGUAGCUGUACUGUAUUAUUCUAAUAAAGUGAGACAAAAAUACAAGUUACUUUUCAGAUGCCCAAUUUACAGUCUCGCUGCAUUUACUGUGAACAAGAAACCAAACACAAUCAUGCUUCAUGUAUUGUAUAACCAGUAAAACGGUAUCAUAGUAGCAGGCCAUAAUACUGUACAUUAUGUUUGGGCUUUCAAGAAUCACUCCCCUCAGUGUUACACCUAUACUCAUACACGGGGUCAAAACUAUCAUGAGGCAACAGAACGCGUGGUUUCUGCUAACUCUAAUCUAGAAAUAUUUUUUAGAAAAAUGAAUUAUUGUUACUGAACCAUUACUAUUUGAACUGCCCAAGUUCUUGUUCAGUCUUGUCAUGGGCUCAAAUUACAGUUUACAAUUCAGUGCAGGUGUUGGCUUGUCAAGGAGAAGUUGCCCAUAUCUCUCUGUGUUCCCAAACAUCACUUUGUAAAACAUGCCAACACUUGCUGUUGCUUGUAAGCACUUUGUCUUUCAUGCCCAUCAACAUGGCUGGCCCUUUUAUCAUCCAGGCUGAAAGGAGCGAUGCCAGUUCAAGCAAUACCUUUGGUUUAUGUGUGAAUAUAUAAUAUAUACACCAUAAACUUGUGCAGUGAUGUUAAGCUGCAACA